AUGUUGUCUUUCCUGUACACCCUCUUCUCAUUCGCGCUUUUGGUGCACGCGCGGGAUAUCAUCAUCACGGUUGGCGGCAACACAACGGAAAACCCAGGCGCAGUGUUCAGUCCUCAGAGUGUCACAGCUGACUUGGGCGACGUCGUGAUCUUUAACUUCACUCAAGGCAACCAUACUGCUAUCCAAGCGCUUUUCGGGUCCCCCUGCAUCCCAGCCCACGAGAUCGACUCCACAGUCAAUGGAUUCAACUCUGGCUUCAGAGACGCUGGAAACUUUAGCGCUAUCACUCAACUCUCGGUCCCCAUUACCGACCCUAACGCGACCCUCUGGUUCUACGACUACAAUACGUGCGCAGAGGGCGGUGUGGGUGGUAUCAACGUCAACGAGUCCAGUUGGGAGACAUUGGAUGGCUUCACGCGCAAUGCCAUUCGUCUGAACGGAACAGGCGGCGGUGACGCUAGCUCUACCCUGUCCAGGACCUCUCGCCCCACCAGCACUGGUUCCUCGGACGGUUCUGAGCCCACUGAAGAGGAAGGCGCGGCUAGAAGGGCGAUGUCCGUUGGUGUCUACGUGGUGGCACCUCUCUUGGCUUUGGCCGCGGUGUUCUAAACGUGCUGCAAAGGAACUUUCAUUUCAUCAAUCAUGACUCUUCUGUGACAUUCUUUUCUCCGAUACCCGUCCUUAUAUUUAGUCCUUCAGAUGCUUGGGUCAAUUGUUCGAGACGCGGACUUUGCCCACGUCCCCUGCUUCUCGGGAACCUUGCUGACUAUUACCGUUCUACGACAUCCUGUCUCAGUUCCUGUACUUUGACUACGUCCUUUCGUCGAGGUUGACUGCCUAAUUUUACUCAAAAAUUCUUUCGCCCGUUUCA